AACACUCGCUUAACUGCAAAAACUGCUGAAUUUUCUAGAGAUUACAAAAGCGCAUGGAAUCCAGAGAAAUCAUCCACUUUAAAUUUGACUCAAACGGGGUUGAAAAGGUCCAGCAGCCUGAACUCUCUGUUAUCGCCCAAACCCUCCGAUCUCUAUUCAGACCGGCAUGGAGAGGAUUUGCUGAGUGGGAGUGAGCUGAAGAAAAGAGAGAGCUCGCCCAGUAGGAGUGAGACUUCUUCCAUCUCAGAUGUUCUCCAGCAACUUAUGGAUUUGGUGGACCGGUACUGGAAUGGCUCGGGGUCUCUCCUUCACAAUCAGAGAUUUCUGGUUCCGGCUCGAGAGCUGCUUACCAAGCUGAUGACCUCAGACUCGGCCCCAACGGGCGAUCAGCUGCGAGGUUCCAGGAACAGCCACGGACUGCUGGAGGAUGCUGACAGUAUGGAAUCUGUAAAACUGAGGCUGGUAAAAGUUAUGGAAGAAAAUCAUUUUCUACGAAGCAAAGUCCAUAAACUAGAGAGCCAAGUGGCCCGAAAGGAAACGGGAGGGAUUUUGCCACUAUUACAAGAUGAUCUGCGGCAGAAAUACGAGCAUUUA